AUGGCCGGCCAUCCCCGGGCCAUGCUGUCCCGUGUACUCGUAGCCUUGGCCCUCGCGACCCUCGCCUCGGCUCACAGCGUCAUCACCUAUCCCGGCUGGCGGGGCAACAAUCUCAUUACAAACGAGACCUACCCUUAUGGCAUGCAGUGGAUAUAUCCCUGCGGCGGCACCACGUUGACGAAAAACCGCACCUACUGGCCCACGACGGGCGGCGCCGUCGCCUUCCAGCCCGGCUGGUUUCGCGGCCACGCCAACGCCCUCAUCUACGUCAACCUCGGCCUCGGCUCCGAGGGCCCCGACGGCGGCCCCAUCAACAUGUCCAACCCCAUGGUUCACCCCUUCCAGCUCAUCGGCCCGACAAACAACCCCUUCCCGGGCACCGUCUGCCUUCCCCAGGUGCCCCUGCCCGCCAACACGACGGUCAAGGCCGGCGACAAGGCCACCAUCCAGGUCGUCGAGCUGGCCCAGCACGGCGCCGCCCUCUACUCGUGUGUCGACAUCAUCUUUGCCGACCCCGGCGACUCGCGCAUCGCCAUCAUCAACGAGACAAACUGCUACAACUCGACAGACUUGGGCUUCGCUGACAUGUACACAAUCACCACAAAACAGCCCCAUACCGAAAGUGCCGUUCCGUCGGGGGCCGUCGAGGCGGCACGGGCCCUCGGCUGGGCGGGCUGCCUGCCGCUGCUGCUCCUCGGCUGCCUCGGGACGCUGCUGUGA